AUGAUGAAGCAGUUGUUUGGACAACUAGGCAUGAUGGCUGCAACUAGUCAACCACCUAUAGUAAAUUCUCAAGGGAAUGUUCAAACUUCUCCUGAUGCAUUGGUACCUCCUGAUAGGAGAUCAGAAGAGUUACAGGAGCCAAUUUUGAUAGCUUCUAAGGAAGAUGAAAUGGUCAGUAAAUCUCAAAUUGAAAAUCUCAUCAGUCAAAAGGUUAAAGUAGCUAUUGCUUCUGAAGCUAUCAAAGCCUUGGUCAGAAAAGGUCAUCCAUAUCCAGCAGAAUAUGACCAAGAGAAAUAUCCAAAGGGGUACAUAGUGCCAAAGUUCAAUUUAUUUGACGGCACUACAAAUCCUCAUCAACAUCUGACACAAUUCAAAGCUACCUGUGGAAAUACAGGAGGCAAUGAUGCUCUGUUACUACAUCAAUUCAUUAGUAGUUUAACAGGUACAACCUUUGAAUGGUAUGCUGACUUACCCAAUGACUCAGUAAGAACAUUCGUCGAAUUAGAGACGAUGUUCAUUAAAAGAUUUUCCAGUGCAACAAAGAAAGUGACUAUCGCUGAUCUAGCUCUUGAGAAAAGAAAAAGAGAGGAAUUAGUCACCAAGUACAUAACCAGGUAG